AUGCGGCGGUGCCCCGCUAUAAAUACUCGCGCCGGAGGUGGAAGGCGUCAGUCUAGUGUCGGCUCCCACACAAGUAACAACAAACACAAUCGGCAGGUGUUGAUCCACUGGACAAGACGCGCCAGCGCCAUGAUGCGGUUGGUGCUUUAUCUAGUCCUCUUCAGCAUAUGUGAAAUCACUCAGGCUGAGGAAGGCUACAAGUAUGAAAAACCAACGAAGCCUUUCAUCACUGGAACAUCAGGUCUAAGACCAGGAACAGCAGGCCCAGGAGGAUUUGCACCUGGAGUGGGAGCUGGGCCAGCUGCAAAACCUGGUUUUCCUGGAGGAACAGGACCUGGUGCCACUGGACCCAGUGGCUACCCUUCUAGUGGUCCUGGAGGAACACCUGCAGGAUUUCCAUCAGGCAGUCAACCAGGAAGACCUGGAGCAGGCGGACCAUCUGGAUAUCCAUCUGGGGGACCAGGUGCCGGCAGACCAGGCGGCACCCUUCCUGGAACACCUGGGACAACAGGAGGAUCAGGACGUCCAAUUAUUCAAGGAGAUGUUGGAGGCACUGGAUAUCCAUCAGGAGGGCCUGGCAGUUUCGGACCAAGUGGUCCAUUUGGACCUGGUGCUGGACGACCUGGAAUAUUGGGGAAGCCUAAUGGUCCAGGCACUCCUGGAGCUCAAGGCAGUGUUGGUUACCCUUCUGGAAGGCCUGGGGGACCUAGUACAGGCAGACCAGGUGGUUCAGGUACAAUAGGAGGUGUAGGUUAUCCUACAGGUGGGCCUGGAGUAUUCCGUCCUAGUGAUUCAUUUGGUACAGGCGUUGGAAGACCUGGAGUUUCAGGAAGACCAGGAGGACCAGGUGCUGCAGGAUAUCCAUCUGGAGGCCCUGGAGGAUUUGGGCCUAGUGGUCCCUUUAGUCCUGGUGCUGGUAGUAGGCCUGGAGGUGCUGGAGGUCUAGGACAGCCAGGUGGCACUGGAAUAACAGGAAGGCCAGGUGCUCCAGGCACUCCAGGUGGUCCUGGUGGUCCAGGAGGACCUGGGGUUCCUGGAGCGCCUGCUGGCCAAGGGUAUCCAUCAGGAGGACCUGGAGGAUUUGGUCCUAGUGGUCCUUUUAGACCUGGUGCUGGUAGGCCAGGAGGAAUAGGAAGCCCAGGGGUACCUGCUGGUCCUGGGUAUCCAUCAGGUGGGCCUGGAGGUUUUGGUCCUAGUGGUCCAUUUGGGCCCAGUGCUGGUCGUCCAGGAGGUCAAGGUGGAGCUGGAAUAACAGGAAGACCAGGUGUUCCAGGAACACCUGGUGGUCCUGGUGGUCCUGGUGGUCCUGGUGGUCCUGGAGGACCUGGAGGUCCAGGAGAACCUGCUGGUCCUGGAUAUCCCUCUGGUGGGCCUGGAGGAUUUGGACCUAGUGGUCCAUUAGGACCUGGUGCAGGUCGGCCAGGAGGACCUGGACGUCCAGGAGGAGCUGCUGGUUCUGGAUAUCCAUCUGGUGGGCCUGGGGGAUUUGGUCCUAGUGGUACACUUGGUCCUGGUAGACCAGGGGCUCUAGGAGGUCUGGGAGGGCAAGGUUAUCCAUCAGGAGGACCUGGUGGAUUUGGUCCUAGUGGUCCUUUUGGAUCAGGUGCUGGUCGCCCAGGAGGCCCUGGUAUACCAGGAAUAGCAGGAAGACCAGGCACUCAAGGCACGGCAGGUGGUCCUGGUGGUCCAGGAGGUCCAGGUGGUGCAGGGAGACCAGCUGGUCCUGGAUACCCAUCAGGUGGUCCUGGAGGAUUUGGUCCUGGUGCUGGCAGACCAGGAGGUCCAGGGAGUCAAGGUGGUCCAGGAGGGGCAGGUGGAUACCCAUCAGGUGGUACUGGAGGAUUUGGUCCUAGUGGACCCUUUGGCCCUGGUAAGCCAGGGGCUCCAGGAGGGCCAGGAGGUCCAGGAGGGCCAGGUUAUCCAUCAGGAGGACCUGGUGGAUUUGGUCCUAGUGGUCCAUUUGGACCUGGUGGUGGUCGCCCAGGAACACAAGGUCAGCCAGGAAUCCCAGGCAGGCCAGGAACACCUGGGGCACCAGGUGGUCCAGGAGGACCUGGAGGUCCUGGAGGUCCUGGUGGUCUAGGUGGACCAACUGGUCCCGGAUAUCCUUCAGGUGGACCUGGAGGAUUUGGUCCUAGUGGUCCAUUUGGACCUGGUGGUGGUCGGCCAGGAACACAAGGUCAGCCAGGAAUCCCAGGCAGGCCAGGAACACCUGGGGCACCAGGUGGUCCAGGAGGACCUGGAGGUCCUGGUGGUCUAGGUGGACCAACUGGUCCUGGAUAUCCUUCAGGUGGACCUGGAGGAUUUGGUCCUAGUGGUCCAUUUGGACCUGGUGGUGGUCGGCCAGGAACACAAGGUCAGCCAGGAAUCCCAGGCAGGCCAGGAACACCUGGGGCACCAGGUGGACCAGGAGGACCUGGAGGUCCUGGUGGUCUAGGUGGACCAACUGGUCCUGGAUAUCCUUCAGGUGGACCUGGAGGAUUUGGUCCUAGUGGAUCUUUUGGUUCUGGUAGGCCAGGAAAGCCAGGAGGCCCAGGUUAUCCAUCAGGAGGACCUGGUGGAUUUGGUCCUAGUGGUCCAUUUGGACCUGGUGGUGGUCGGCCAGGAAUACAAGGUCAGCCAGGAAUCCCAGGCAGGCCAGGUACACCUGGAGCACCAGGUGGUCCAGGAGGACCUGGAGGUCCUGGUGGUCUAGGUGGACCAACUGGUCCUGGAUAUCCUUCAAGUGGACCUGGAGGAUUUGGUCCUAGUGGACCUUUUGGUCCUGGUGCUGGUAGACCAGGUGGUUUGGGAAGACCUGGUGGUCCAGGAGGGCCAGGUGGCCCAGGAUACCCAUCAGGUGGGCCAGGAGGAUUUGGUCCUAGUGGUCCAUUUGGACCUUCUGCUGGUCGGCCAGGAACACCUGGUCAGCCAGGAUUCCCUGGCAGGCCAGGUACAUCUGGUGCACCAGGUGGUCCAGGAGGACCUGGAGGCCCUGGUGGUCCAGGAGGUCCAGCCAGUCCUGGAUACCCAACAGGUGGACCUGGUGGAUUUGGUCCUAGUGGUCCGUUUGGACCUGGUGGUGUACGCCCAGGUACUCCAGGUCGUCCAGGAACCCCUCUAAGGCCAAGUGCUCCUGGUACUCCAGGUGGUUCAGGAGGCCCAGGAGGCCCUGGUGCUCCAGGAGGGCCAUUUGGUCCUGGAUAUCCAUCUGGAGGUCCUGGUGGAUUUGGCCCUACUGGCCCAUUUGGCCCAGGAGGUACCGGUAUACCAGGUAGACCUGGCCGUCCUGGUACACCAGGUGGUCCUGGAGGUCCAGGUGGUCCUGGAGCUCCUGGAAGGCCUGGUGGUCCUGGAUAUCCAUCAGGUGGGCCUGGAGGAUUUGGCCCAAGUGGCCCUUUCGGUCCAGGUACUGGUCAGCCUGGUCGCCCUGGUGGACCAGGGGGUCCAGGAGGCCCUGGAGGUCCAGGUAGGCCAGGAACAGGGUACCCUUCAGGUGCACCUGGAGGAUUUGGUCCUAGUGGUCCAUUGGGCCCUGGUGCUGGGCAGCCAGGAGGCCCAAGUCGGCCUGGUGGUCCAGGGGCUCCAGGUUCUCCAGGUGGACCUGGGGGACCGAGUGGUCCAGGAGGACCUUCUGGUCCUAGUGGCCCAUUUGGUCCUGGUGCUGGUAGACCUGGAGGACAAGGGGGACCUGGUGUACCUGGACAACCAGGUGGUGGAUUUAAGCCAAGUGGUCCAUAUGGUCCUGGUUAUCCUGGAGGUCCUUCAGGUGGAGUUGGUCGACCUGGCCGUCCUGGUGGUGCAUUAGGUGAUGCUACUGGUCCUGGAGGGCCAGGUGGUCCUUCUGGUCCCACAGGCUAUCCUUCUGGUGGCAUUGGAGGCAGGCCAGGUGGAGUUGGUCCUGGUGGUCCUUUUGGUCCUACUGGCCCUACUGGUCCUACUGGACCUACUGGUCCUACUGGGCCUACAGGUCCUGGAGGACCAACUGGUGGUGUUGGUGGAAUUGGUGGCACUGGUCCAACUGGACCUCCAGGGCCGAGUGGACCAUACCCUAGUGGGCCUGCUGGCCCCAAUGGUCCAUAUCCAGAAGGAUCACCUGGUCCUGAUGGUCCUUUCCCAACAGGUUCCCCUGGUCCUGGGCCAUACGAUGAAGGAGAUUAUUCCGCUAUUCCUGGAGAACCAGGAGUAGAUUAUCCCAUAUAUUCUGAAGUACCUGCUACUUCAUUUAGUUGCAGUCAGCAGAGAUUCCCUGGAUACUAUGCUGAUGUUGAGACACAGUGUCAGGCAUUCCAUAUUUGCGCUAACAAUCGCACAUACGAUUUCCUGUGCCCUAAUGGUACAGUGUUCCAUCAGGAAUAUUUCGUUUGCGUUUGGUGGAAUCAGUUUGACUGUAGCAGAGCUCCAGGGUUGUAUAAUCUGAAUGAAUUUAUUUAUGACUAUACAAUAUUUGGAAGCCCUGGUGCAGAACUACUCAAACCUUCUGGUCCUGGAGGAUUCCCAGGUGGAACAGGUACUGGAGAUACUCAAGGCCGUCCAUUUAGUCCUGGCAGUGGUGUAACUCGUCCAGCUGGACCCACAGGGUCCUUUCGUCCUGGAACACCUGGUAGUAUAGGAACUGGGAUAGUAAAGCCUGGUGGAACAUUUCCAUCUGUAACCCCUGGAGUGACUGGUGGAAGUGGUGGUCCUGUCGCUGGAUAUCCAGGUCCUGGUGGGCCAGGUGGAGUUGGUGGCAUUCUUGGUGAUGGAAUAACUGGACCUUCUUCUGGUGGAGUACCACCGUCAGGAUUUCCUGGUAGUCAGCUAGGACCAACACGCCCCACAGGUCCCAGCACAGGCCUACCUGGUGGUACUGGUGGAGUAGGGCAAAUUGGUCGACCAACAGGCGGCUACCCAAGGCCAGGUACAGGCAGACCGGGACUGGCUGAUACUGGAACACAACCAGCCUACCCAGACAGACAGUAUUUGCCUCCUAGGAACUCUUAAAUGAUUACUAUGCUGAGUUUUGGACUUGCUUAUGACCUACAAGCACAGUAGCAGACGAGAGCUCAUUGAAUCCAUCAUUUGUUUUCCAAUAACACUGAAUGUAAUGAGAACGUAUGUAAGUGGAAACUACCAAGAUGGUGACAGUUUCAUGGAGUGCUCCUCUUUUUUGUGAGGGACGAUUUGUAUUAGUAUCAUACUCGUAUUCGUACUCUACUUUUCUUUGAAGUGGCAAUGGGCCCUCAAUGCUGUGUGCUGUUCAGGUUUAAUGUUUAUUUAAAUAGUAUCUGUGUGAAUGUAUAAAUUAUUGUAUCAUGUCAUGAAAUUUGAAAGCAUUGGAUCCUAAACAACAUUUAUAUCAGAUUUCAUUGUUUUUCAUUUACAUGAAUGUUUUUAAAAAAUUAUUUUGUGUCAUUGAAAUUGUGAGUUUCUACCACAAUGUGUCUCCCGUAUACAGGGAAUUAUGUUGCCAUAUCAUAUGUGUAAUAAAUGUUGUUUGCCUACUUUCUCAGAAA